CGAAAUGUAUAUAAGUGAGGCUGCGUACGCGCACAAUUCGUUUUGCUCCAUCGUAUCUCUUUUCCCCUGCUCAAAAUCAGACAAGUCGUGAAGAAGUUCUGUGUGAAUGACAAACGCGCGAGGCAAGAUGCGGACCAUCUCGAAGAAGACUAGAAAAGGACAUGGAGCCAGGAGGACGCAGGUUCCUGAAAGGCCGCUCCCAGUGACUCUCCUUUCGGGUUUCCUGGGGUCUGGCAAAACCACUCUGCUUCAGCAUAUCCUCAAGACGGAACAUGGCCUCCGCAUCGCGGUGGUGGUCAAUGACAUUGGAGCCAUCAACAUCGACGCCGCGCUCAUCAAGAAGACGCACCAGCUCACCAAGACGGACGAAAAGGUCAUCGCACUGCAAAACGGCUGCAUCUGCUGCACCCUGCGAGGCGAUCUCCUCGAGGAGCUGGUGCGCCUCGCCCAACUGCAGGAGUUUGACUACAUCAUCAUCGAGAGCAGCGGCAUCAGCGAGCCGGAACAGGUCGCCGAGACGUUUGACGCGCGACUGGCCGAGACCAUGGGCGACAUGGCCGAGGCGCCGGGCGCGGCGCAGCUCGACGAAAGCAUGGUCAAGGUCCUCAAGCAACUGAAGAAGGCUGGCGGUCUGGAAAAGUUUGCCAAGCUGGAUACGACGGUGACGGUCAUUGACGCCUUCACCAUGAUGAACGACUUCGACACGGCGGACCUGCUGUCUUCGCGGCGCGACGACGUCACGCCCGAGGAUGAGCGCACCGUGUCUGACCUCAUGGUCGACCAGAUCGAGUUUGCGGAUGUCAUCAUCCUGAACAAGACCGACAUGAUCAAUGAAGAGACCAAAAACGAGACGCGCGGCCUCAUCAAACGGCUCAACCACCGCGCCAAGAUCAUCGAGGCGUCGUACGGCAAGGUCGACGUCAAGGAGCUCGUCAACACAGGCCUGUUCAAGCUGGACGUGGCACAGUCCGGGUACGGGUGGCUGCAAGAUCUCCACGCCAUGACUGUUCGCGAGGUCAACGGGCGCAACGUCCUGACGCCCAAGCCCGAGACGGAGGAGUACAACGUGCAGAGCUUCAUCUACAGCCGAUACAGGCCGUUUCACCCCCGGCGCCUGUUUGCGCUGCUGUACGACAAGUUUAUCCUGCAGAUGGAGCACCCUGAUGAGGAGGAGGACGAUGACGAUGACGAAGACGAGGGGGACGGUGAUGACGACAUGCAGGACGGGGGGGAUGGCACGGACGAUGUCGAGAUGCAGGGCCAGCUGGAUGAUGAAGAAGAAGAACACUCGGACAGCUCUCGCUCCUCGUCCUCGUCCUCCCCCUCAUCCUCCGCGAGCACAGGUCUCCUGGGGACCUCUCCCCUGAGCGCUCAAUCAGCCUCCACGGCCCGCACCGCGCCCUCACCGACUGCAGCCAAGGUGCUAGCACAAACAAGCACAGGCGACGAUGGAGUACAGUCCAUGCAGGCCGUCGACAACAUCGGGAUGGACACUGACGAGGAGGAGCACAAGGAGGAACUGGCGGCGGCGGAGGAGGACCCCCUGGACAUCCCCGCCAACGACAUCAUCCUCGCCAACAAGCGGUCGCACCCCACGCUGCGGCGCCUCUUCCGCUCCAAGGGCGAGUUCCUCCUCGCGACGCGGCCGCACCGCGCGGGCGACUGGUCGCAGGCGGGGGCGAUGCUCACGCUGACGGGCGGGCGGCCGUGGUUCUGCACGUUGCCCGCGGAGGAGUACGCGACGGGCGACCCGCAGGUGGACGCGCUGGUGCGGCACGACAUGCGCAAGGGCGGCGAGUGGGGGGACCGGCGGCAGGAGCUCGUCUUCAUCGGCGAGGGGCUCGACCGGGAGGCGCUGGCGGCGAUGCUGGACGCGUGCCUGCUGACGGAGGGGGAGAUGGCGCGGUGGGAGGGGGUGAUGCGUGAGGAGGGGCUGGAUGAGGGGACGAGGAGGGAGCGCCUGGAGGAGCUGUUUGAGGAUGGGUUUCCGGAAUGGGCGGAGGAUGAUGAUGAUGAUGAUGACGAGGAGGAGGAGGAGGAGGAUGAUGAGGAGUGGGAGGGCAUGGACGCUGAUGGAGAGGAAGAUGCUCGUCGCAACGGCCAUGCUCACGGCCGUGCGAGUCGCGAGCAGAAGAAGCACAAGCACAAGCAUGGGCACAAGCAUGAGCAUGAUGGGCACAGGCAUGAGCAUGGGCGUCGGCACAUGGUUCAGGCGUAGAGCCAGGUGGACGAACGGCGGGCGGGCGGACGGGCGCCAUUGACAUGACGCAUCAUGGCAUCAAUCAUAUCUCCUCAUGCACGUCGGCCAAGAAACAAGGAGUAGUGUGUACUUGCUGUACAUCCUUCCUUCUCUCCACAUGGUCGCGUUUGUUGAUAUUGCGCG